AGCCAAAGUGGUUGAUAAUGUCAUCGUUCUUCGUGACCCCCACUUGACAGUUACGAAAAUUAGGCCGGCUCGUCGGUUGUUGAAAUUUAAAUGCAAUAUCUUUUUUAUUUAACACAAAUUUUACUAACAAAUUUGUACAUAUAAUUAAAAAAAAAACGUUUUCGGAUCUUUAUCAGCUAUAUGCUCGUGCCAAAAGAUACCGGGACGAUCGUAUUAUUUGCUAGCAGAAACAGAAAGGAACGAGGAAUCUGACGAGAAACGGUUGAGAGAUCUGAGAGAAACGGUUGAGGCAACUCUCUGGAGGAAGCGACAUCGCCCGAAUUGUGUAAUUAAAUCGUGUAUUGAGGUUGCAUUUGGCGUCGCGAUUGCAUGGAAGGACUCGAGAAUGGCCGAGAUAGAUAUUUUUGACAACGAGGAGCAACUGCCGCAGGACCUCGGCGACGAUGUCGUUCAGGAGGUCCUCAAGACUGGCACCGACCUGCGCCAGUACUCCAGGCAGAUUGAGAAGGAGCUCAAGGAGGUCGAGAACAAGUCGAUUCAGGAUUACAUCAAGGAGAGCGAGAAUAUAGCCAGCCUGCACAAUCAGAUCGCCGCCUGCGACAAUAUCUUGGAGAAAAUGGAGUCGAUGCUGAUGAACUUCCAGUCGGUUCUGGGAAAUAUCAGCUCCGAGAUAGUUUCCUUGCAACGCAAGUCUGUUGCUAUGAGCCAACAGCUGUCCAAUAGACAAAUAAUACGAGGCCCACUUAGUCAAUUUAUUGAGGACAUGACAGUGUCUGAGGCUCUGAUUACUGGUAUUAUGGACUGUCCGGUGACUGAGAAGGAAUUUUUGAUCCAGCUGCAAACUCUUAACCAUAAAAUCAAUUUUGUGAAGGAACAAAGUUUUAAGGAGGCCAAGUCCUGUCUAGACGUGAAGGAUAUAUUAGAGAAGCUGAAGGUAAAGGCAAUGACGAAGAUCAGGACGUAUUUGCUGGAGCAAAUUUAUAAAUUUCGGAAGCCGAUGAGUAAUUAUCAAGUGCCGCAGAACAACAUGCUAAAGUACAAAUUCUUCUUUGAGUUUGUUUUGGCAAACGAGAGAAACGUGGCUGAGGAAAUCUGUGGAGAGUACAUUGACACUAUGAGCAAGAUAUAUUAUUCAUAUUUCAAGACCUACUCGUCGAAUUUGAUGAAAUUACAGUUUGAAGAGAGAGCGUCAAAGGAUGAUUUAAUGGGAGUCGAAGACACGGUAGGCCGAGGCUUGUUUCAUAAAACAACGUUAAAGCACAAGGGUACUGUCUUUUCCAUAGACACAAGGGAUCAGGUUUUGUCCUCUCAAUUGGAAGCGUCUAUAAUUAUCCCACACACUGCCCAUAUUGCCAAAACACGAUAUCACUACGAAGCUCUAUUCAGAAGUGAACAGUAUGCUGUGGCUGACAAUGGCUGCAGAGAAUAUCUGUUUUUGAUAGAAUUUUUCAAGGUCCAUAAUGCACAGGCGUUAGACAUUUUCAAUCAGAUCAUGGGAAAAACGUUAAACCUUAUGACAAAGAACCUGCAGUCAUAUGUUGAGGAUUGUUACGACACAAUUGCUCUAUUUCUCUGUCUAAAUUUGGUUACGCGUUAUCAGUUGCUAUGUCACAAAAGGGCGGUACCAGCAUUGGAUAAAUACUGGGAGACCUUAACAGCCACAAUUUGGCCUAGAUUUGAAUUUGUAUUUCAAUUAAACAUAAACAGCGUAAAGGAAUGCGACCCAUCGAAAUUCAACAAAGAGACUGGACCACAUUAUAUUACCAGAAGAUACGCGGAAUUUAGCGCCGCAAUUAUAAGUAUAGUCGAGGGAUUUCCCUGCGAGGGGACAACUCAGUUAUUGGCAGAAUUGCGAGAAACUGUACAGUGCUUCCUGUUAAGAAUGGCAUCUAUUUUCCCGAGCCGGACGCAGCAAUUAGUAUUUCUUAUCAAUAAUUAUGAUCUGAUACUCAGGGUAUUAAUGGAAAGGACGCGAGAGACUUCGAAGGAGGCGGAGAGCUUCCGGGAGCUGCUGAACGCGCGUUCUUCCGAAUUUAUCGAGGAAGUCUUGAGCCCGCACUUCGGCAGUAUAAUCCAGUUGGUGAAGGAAUCGGAGGCGCUGAGCGAGAAGGGCCAGGCCGACGAUUUGAAACGGCAGGAGGGCAAGAUGCUGACCCUAGUGCAAUCUUUCACGAACAAUUGGAAGCGUGCGUUAGAGGAGAUAAACCGAGAGGUGUUACGGUCGUUUCCCAACUUGGUGCUCGGCAGCACGCUCGUGCAAGGCGCAAUGACGCAGUUGGUGCAGUAUUACAAUCGCCUCCACAAGAUCCUGCCGACGAACGCGCGCACGCAACUUACGAACAUCCAUCACAUAAUGGUGGAGGUUAAGAAGUACAAAACGAAUUAUUAGACAACUUUCUGGAGGGAGACUGAUUAUCCAAAUAUCUAAACAGCGAUCGAUUAUUGGCUACUAUUAAAAAGAAUUAUCUUUUAAUAUUGUACAUAGCCGUCAACUGUUGCAGCGAUUUCAAAUUCUAGCGAUUACGAUAUUAUUUAUUAAAUAAAGGUGUAGAUUUUGUUUUAAUAUUAAGUAUAUCGUGUAGGAAUAUCGGGGAACAAUCUUGUAAAUAUAAUCGCAAAGAUA